UUGAGAAACUUCGCUCAAGCAUGGCUUUCAAAGCCAGCUUGUACCUUGAUCCACGUUUCAACUUUGCUGGAUCCGCCCGCUUGACUCCAGAAGAAAAGAGAGAGGCACAGGAAUAUCUCAUCGCACUAAGCAACCGACUCGAUGUACUGGAAGGUUUACAAGAGGAACUAUGUACAGAUGAUGGAGAGGCAAGUACUAGUGGUUUUGUGGAGGAUUACUUGAUGGAUUUCUUCAACGAAGCAAGUAAUGAUACUGCGUCAUCCAGCUCAGAGAAAAGAGCAGCGAACGAAUCGCUUCGCGACGAGUUGUCCAAGCUUGAAAAACGAAAUAAAGUUAACAUCACAGUCAACAUGCCACCUCCUUCAAGCUCCAACACCAGCGGCCACCAGUUCCCCAGUGCCGCGGACAACAAUCAACCAAGCACAUCUAAGGCCCAACCUGCUCCAGCGGCUAGCGAAUCCUCUACGCGUUUCGAUAUUCUUCAAUAUUGGAAAAAACGUAAGUUCUCCAGUCCACGGCUGUAUCGCCUAGCAAUGGUAGUUUUGGCUGCACCAUCGACGCAAGUGACAGUAGAACGCCUAUUCAGUCAACUCAAAUACAUAUUGACUGAUAGACGCAUGCAGCUCUACGGCGUAUCUGUUCACGAUAUUAUGAUUCUAAAGAUGAAUCCGGAUUUGCUGAUUGAGGUUGUCGAAACACUCCUUGAGCAUCACGCUAUUUAAUUCAACUACGCUAUCCAUUUGUUUAACAGUUGAUUUUUUCUUUACAAUUGUUUUUUUCAAUGAACACCUAUAUUUGAAGAAGAAAAGUACAUAUAAAGUCUGCAUAAGUCA